AUGGCCGAGCGCGACCCGCUGGAGAGCCUGCAGAAAGAAGCCUCUUGCUCCAUCUGCCUGGAUUAUUUCAGCGAUCCCGUGUCCAUCGACUGCGGGCACAGCUUUUGCCGCCACUGCAUCACCCGCUGCUCGGGAAAAUCGGACCGCCGCUUCGCCUGCCCUCAGUGCCGGGGAACGGCCCAAAAACGAAAAUUCAGACCCAACCGCGAGCUCAGGAACUUGGCGGAGAUCGCCAAGACGUUGAGCUCCAGGAUGGGAUACGUGGACGGAGCCGGCAACUUGUGCCCGAAGCAUCGGGAGCCGCUCAAGCUCUUCUGCCAGGAGGACGGGACGGCCAUCUGCGUGGUCUGCGACCGCUCCCACGCUCACCGCGCCCACGCCGUCGCUCCCAUCGAGGAAGCCGCCCAGGAGUGUAAGGAGCAAAUCCAGAGCAAACUCAAGAGCCUCAAGGAUGAAAGGGAAAGGCUCCAAGGAUUAAAGCAGACCGGGGAGAAGAGAAGCCACAAGUACCUGCAGCAGGCGCGAGCCGAGAGGUGGAAAAUCCGGUUGGUGUUUAAGCAGCUGCACCGGUUCCAGGACGAGCAGGAGCGGCUCCUGCUGAUGUGGCUGGAGGAGGUGGAAAAGCAGAUAGCGCAGACCCAGGCCGAGAACGACGGGAAGAUCUCCGUGGAGAUCUCCAACCUGGAAAACCUCAUCCGGGAGCUGGAAGGGAUGAACCCGCAGCCGGAGAAUAAGUCUCUGCAGGAUGCCAGGAGUGCCUUGACCAGGACUUUCCAGCAGCUGACGGAGAAGUUUCCCAAAGUGGAAAAGAAACUCAAGGAUUUAUCUCAGAAAAACAUCGUUCUGAAGGAAACCCUGAGGAAAUUCAAAGAGAGUCUCCCAGUUGAACUGGAUGUGCAAUGGGCCAACGUGACGCUGGAUCCAGACACAGAUUUGCCCAACAACCUGCAGCGAUUUGAUACCUACUGCUCGGUGUUGGGAUGCGAAGGCUUCACGGCGGGGAGGCGCUACUGGGACGUGCAGCUGGGGAGCAGGGGAUUUUGGGCUGUGGGGGUGGCCAGAGACUCAGCCUGGAGAAAGGGGUGGAUUAACCUCGACCCUUCCCAGGGGAUUUGGGCUGUUGGCAUCUGCGGGGACAAGUUUCAAGCUUUCACCUCCUUCGAAACCAUUCAGCUCCUGAACGGGAGGCCAAGGACUAUCCGGGUGUCUCUGGAUUACGAGAAGGGACACGUGGCUUUCUUCGACGCCGAUAACGAGACCUUGGCUUUCGCUUUUCCUCCAACUCCUUUCAACGGAGAGAAAAUCCUGCCUUUCUUCUGGGUUUGGGAGUCCAGGAUCCAACUGGCUCCCUGA